UUUUCUGUGUGAAAUGAUGUACUCUCAAUUUCGUUCUUUAUACACCUUCAUUCGCACCACAGACUGGCGUAGAGUAAUCGAAAUUUAGUUAUAAUUUGACAAGUGCGCGAAAAACUAAGUGUGAAAAUUAUUCAAAGAAAUCAAUUGAAAUGAAAUCAAAUUAGAUUUAUCAAAUUCUGUUCAAAACAAUUGAAUUGCAAUUGAUUGUUAGAAAGUGUAAGCUGACAAGUGCGACCUGCUAUUGGCGUAAACCAAAUUUUUUCGUGUUUUACAUUGGAAAUCCUUAGCUUUGUUAUGCAUCAGGCUAUUUAUCGACGGCCCGUUACGAAUUUCAUGGGACCCAACGAAUGUGCCAGCGCAAUGGUUUCCACAAUGUCGUUUAUGGAUAACGGCGGCUUGAGCACCAACAUUGCAGAUUAUGGUUGCUAUACAACCGAUUAUUGGGCAACCCCAUACACCGGAGGGCUGAGCCCGAUGAAACAGAUCGAAGCCUGCAUACAAACCGCUGGCAAAGAUCGCAGUUCAUAUAAACCGCUGGAGCACAUCGAUGCCAAAAUGACAGAUUUAGAGACGCAGAGCAAUAAUAGUAGUGGUGGCAAUAGUAUUAGCAGCAACACGGGCAGCAGUUGUUCAGACAGCAGCAGCAACAACAAUAAUAACAACACCAGUUAUAGCAAUAGCAACGACAAUGGCAACAGCAGUAUUACAACACAAGGCAAAAAAUAUAAAAGCAACAAAAAGGAAGCGACAACAAAUAACAACAACAAUAAUAGCAAAAGUGAAGAACCAAUGCAUCCUACGUUAGCACAGGCCGUGGUGGUACUGGAGACGAAGGCUUUGUGGGAUAAAUUCCAUGAGCAAGGCACUGAGAUGAUUGUCACAAAGACAGGCCGACGAAUGUUUCCAACAUUUCAGGUGCGCAUCGGUGGGCUAGAUCCGCAAGCGACCUAUAUAAUGAUGAUGGACUUUGUGCCAGUCGACGACAAACGCUAUCGCUAUGCAUUCCACAAUUCAAGUUGGGUAGUCGCUGGCAAAGCGGACCCCAUCUCCCCGCCACGCAUACACGUGCACCCCGAUUCGCCAGCGCCUGGUGCUAAUUGGAUGAAGCAAAUCAUUUUAUUUGACAAACUCAAAUUGACCAAUAAUCAACUGGACGAAAAUGGACAUAUAAUAUUAAAUUCCAUGCACAGAUAUCAGCCACGUUUUCACAUCGUUUACCUGCCACCGAAAAAUAAUUCAUUGGACGAGAAUGAGCAUUCGAGUCACUUCCGCACAUUCAUCUUCCCGGAGACAUCAUUUACUGCCGUCACUGCCUAUCAAAAUCAACGUGUUACUCAAUUGAAAAUUGUCAGUAAUCCCUUCGCCAAAGGUUUCCGAGAUGAUGGAACUAAUGAUGUCACUGCUGGCCCUAUGGGCAUGUCUCAGAUGAGCCAAGAAAGUCAGGCUAGAAUGAAGCAUCACAAUGCCCAGCAUCAUCACCACCACCAGCAGCAGCAACAGCAGCACAUUCAGCAACAGCAAUUGAAGGCCAACAGUAAGGAUGUAAAUUUAGCAGUGGCUGAAUUGGAAAACCAACAGAACGCAUUGAUCUCCGCACAUGUGAUUCAACCAGUAACCGAUUCGCCCAGCGCCCCAAUCGCUGCCAAUACAUCACCCGAAUUGCUGAGCUACCAACAAUGUCUGUCCAGUGGCGGUAGCAGUGGCAGUGCAAACGACCAUAUAAGCAAUGGUUUAAUGCCAUCCACCAAUGGAGGUGGUCAUCUUCUUCACAAUCAUCAUCACCAUCAUAAUCACGGCCAACACAGCAUCUCACCGAAGCUGGAUCAUGCUGGCGCAGGCACCAAUACUACCACCCCCGCCGGAGUGAGUCCUUAUACACAUGCCACAGUGGCCGCUCACAAUGGCGCAAGCAGUGCGUCCAAUGCUGGCGGUCUUAUGCCUACAGCACAUACACAUGCCGCCCACACACAUCACACACACUUAAAUAUGAAUCUCAGCGCCGCUGCCGCCGCUCAGAGCCAGAUGAUGUCGACGGCGGUGACGCAGUCGCAUGUGCCACACUCCCAGGUGAUGGCCGCGAAUAUUUAUUCGUCGAUUGCACAGCCAUAUGCAAGUGAGAACAGCAAUUUCGGUGCGAUCUAUCAUCAUCAGCACUACCAUAGCGGCUAUGGGAAUCCCUACGAUAAGCUGAAGGUGUCGGGCCACAUGCGUCAGUCGCCUGCCCCAACGGCUGGCAGCCCAACAGCGAUGGCCACGGCGGCGGCAAAUGCUUACGGCAUUAGUAGCUAUCAGUCGUUCUAUGGUUCACCGCAUCAAAUGAUGCGUCCCAACGGCUAUAUUGACUUGGUGCCGAGAUAAAUAUUUUGUUGUGCGUCCUACACGGCAUUUUCGAACCAGUGAAAUGUUGCAAUAAUU